AUGGACGCUUGGCACGAGAUGCAAUUGCAGUGGUUUGGGGGGGAUUCAACAGAUUAUUCAGGCUACGAUGGAGCCGCUUCCUCCCGACAUUAUGGCCCUGUUGUCUCUUCAGGUUCUGAUCUCCUCGUCCCUACUAGUCUCAGUGGCGACUUCGCUGGGCAACUUGGUCCUUGUACUGGGGGCGUCAGUGGUACAGGUAACAGACAUGCAUACGGUGACUAUGGAUUCUCGGGAAACGAAGCUGGUUUCGGAUCAAACUCUUACUACUUAUACAGGAAGCAACAACGUCGCUGGUGGAGCGCUUACAUUCUGUUUUACGAACGUGAGGAUUUUCAGCAUUCUGAAGAGUUGACUCGACUGAUGAGCGCUUUCCGACGCAUUAAGACGCACGAU